UUAUGAACUUACAUUCAUAUUUUGUAGAACUAUUAUUCGAUAAAUAUAUUUAUAAAAGAUUGAAUUGUUGCCAUUUUUAGAAUAUUUUUGAAAAAUCUCACGUACCCCUUGGCAUACCUUCAAGUACCCCCAGGGGUACACGUACCCCCAUUUGAGAACAACUAGUCUAAUCUACUGGUAACAAAGUCAUGUGCAAGUGUUUCUAAAUCUUGAGCUGACAUGAGCCCUCUAAGUCUUGUUACAUUUUUGAGGUGAUAGUAGGCCGAUUUUGUUACUGAUUUGAUGUGACUGUCGAAAUGUAAAUCAGAAUCUAAAAUUUAAUACCGUUACAUCUCUACUUUCUAGUGUAGUAAAUACGGUUGAGUGUGCUAUUUGCAUUUUCUCCUCCCAAUAUUGUGGGCGUUCUGAUGAUCAACAUAUGAUUUGCAUAUUAAUGAAGACAGGGACACAAAAUGGAUUAAACUUUGCACACGUUCAGUAGAUCGGCUUUGCGUGUGCUCUCAAUUUGCACUUGUUUUAGUACAGGCAAACCUUUAGUAAAUCAGGCCUUUUGUCAUGCCUGUUAAUCUGGGUUUAUGUUUGAUCAUGUCAUGUUUUGUUUUUGGACUCUUGUUUCCCGUUUUUGCACUUCCUGGUUUUGUUGGUUUCCAUAGUUACUCAUUAGUUUCCACCUGGUCUCCAUGUCACACCCCUGCCCUCAGCCCCACACCUGUUUCUCAUCAUCAUAGUCACUAUUUAAGUCAUUUGUUUUCUGUUCCUCGGCCUGGGAACUUUGCUUAUGUCUACUUGCUUACCUAACCAUGCUGCUCCUACCUUCAUGCCAUGCCAUACUGUUUUCUAUGCUGUCAAUACCACGUGACCCCCGAGAAGCUUUUUUCCAACCUCUCCAACAUCCUUCGCGCACACCAGCUGUUCUGGAAGGAAGUCAUUUAUCCCAUGUUAUGUGAUGUCCGCUCCAGGGGCAUACCCUUGGACCCCCUGAAGUUGGAGCUUGUUUGCCUGCAAUGGAAUGAACGCUUCUCUGAGUACCACCAAUACUGUGCAGAGGAAGAGAGGAAUGUUGAGUUUGUGCACGAGCAGUUGGAGAGCAAUCAACAUUUCUCAACUUACAUCCAGUGGGUAGAGACUCAUCCUCACAGUCGGCGCAUGCGCAUCGGAGACAUGCAGGCCAGACCCCACUUUAGAAUCACCAAGUAUCCCCUCCUUCUAAAGGCUGUGCUCAAAAGCACCACAGACCCUCUUGUGGAGCGCCGCCUUCGCGGCAUGUUAUCCAGCAUAAACAUUUUUCUAGGGAGCAUCAAUGACUACCUGAGGCUGGAGGGAGAGAAGAGAGCGCUCUCCAUCUUUUCGGAGAGGCUAGAGGGAUACGAGAUCGAAGGAAUAAAUGAGGAAAUUGACCAGCACAUCCGAGAUAAGUUCGAUCUGACGUGCCCCAUGGCGGGUGUUGGCCCAGGGGUGGUACGUAAGCUCCUCAUUCAGCAGAACCUGAAGGUCCGGUUCAGAAAAGACAGCAAGAUGGAGGUGGUGGCUCUACUCUUCUCAGAUGUACUUCUCAUGACCAAACUGCAGAAGAAAAGCGAGCUCCUGAAGGUGGUUCGGCCUCCUCUGGCCCUCAACAAAAUCGACUGCAUUGCACUUAAGGAUAACUGUUCUUUUCUUCUGGUCGAGGUGGGGGAGCUUUGUUGUCUUGUGAAUGCCUAUGUAUUCACAACCAGCACCCCAGAAAGCUGCUACAAAUGGGUCUCCACCAUUAAUGACGCAAAGGUGACGCUGAGAAACUUGAGAGAGGCAGAGAGUAGAAGACAGUCGGAUAGGAAAAGACUUUUUGUGGCAAAUGAUGAAAUGUCUUUGGACAUUGGCUGGAAAGAAAGACUACAUGAGGUCCAACAAGAGCAGCAACAAAGUCAGUCGUGGAACCACACACAUCUAUCCAUCCCCACUAGGCAACUAACCCUGGUACCAGGCGGGUAUCCAGAUGUGGAUUACCCAAUAGAUGACCUCAACACCUCAUACCGAACGGGACCAUCCGAUUUUGAAGGAGAUUCACAAACUGUCUACUAUCCUACCCGGAAAAUUCCCAAUCUCACGCAGUUGGAAGGGUUGUCUCCUGAGACUAAAGGAUUCUCCACAAAGCCGAAGUCCCCCAUAGUAUACAGGAAGACAAUAGUUGUUGAAAACCAAGACUACUCUUCUCAAACUUCAGGGCAAUUGCGGUCAAAAUCCAACAAGUCUUUCUCCGGCCAUGACUCCGACCACAGCCUAAACACAAAGAUUCUGACGAUAAGUGACUUAAAGCCCACUCAGGACAGCUUUUGGACAACAAACGGCUCCAGAGGCUCACUGAACUCUCAGUCAUUUUCCGAACCUGAACUGGUGACUUUAAGUUCCAAUAAAAAGGAGGGGGUGAAAACCCAUAGGAGCGUUUCCGAUGUGACCACCGGCAUUCUGGUUGGGUCUGCUUCACCGUCAUCUGUGAACACACUUCUGGAAAGAGCCAUGGGUAGAAGGAGAGACAGAGACGUGUCAAAAGGUAUUUUGUUUAAUGUAAGGCCCAGUCAUCGUUUUACUCCGUUGUCGUCCUCGGCUGUUGUAGACAGAGACACAGAGUGGGAGAAGGGAGAAGAGGGCUCAAGGGCUCAAGCUCUCAUGGCCAGUGGAAAAUGGAAAGAGCAGCUGGUGGACGGAGAAGAAAAUGACAAUCUGGACAGUCCUUCCUUUACAAACGGCAACAACGUGGACUCGUCCGGCUGCUUCUUAGCUGACACGGGGACGAUGGACUACUUUCCGAUAGGCAUUGUGGAAGACGUCAGCCAAUCGCUGGCGUACGGCGAAGUUUCCGAGCAAAACUACGAGCAAUGUAGUCAGGUGUAGUAAAGACACUGUGCCACAUCCUGUCGUACAUUAUCAUUUUGGAACCUUUUAAAUGUGGUUUACAUUUGGUGUACAUUCAUGUAAUUUAUUGAUGUUGUACUUCAUAUUUAUAUUACGAGUCAUUUCACACCAAAUCUGUGGUUUUCUGUCUUUUUUUUAAGGGCGGGGGGUAAUUAAAACCAUGUUUCCAUUCUGUAAAGUCAACUUUCUUUAUGUACAGUAGUAGCAGACAUUGAAUAAGAUAAUGUACAAAAAUCUACAAAAAAGUCCACACUUAAGUGCAGUGGAAAUACAAACCCUGUUUCCAUAUGAGUUGGGAAAUUGUGUUAGAUGUAAAUAUAAACAGAAUACAAUGAUUUGCAAAUCAUUUUCAACCCAUAUUCAGUUGAAUAUGCUACAAAGACAACAUAUUUGAUGUUCAAACUGAUAAAACAUUUUUUUUUCUCGCAAAUAAUCAUUAACUUUGGAAUUUGAUGCCAGCAACACGUGACAAAGAAGUUGGGAAAGGUGGCAAUAAAUACUGAUAAAGUUGAGGAAUGCUCAUCAAACACUUAUUUUGAACAUCCCACAGGUGUGAAGGCUAAUUGGGAACAGGUGGGUGCCAUGAUUGGCUAUAAAAGCAGCUUCCAUGAAAUGCUAAGUAAUUCACAAACAAGGAUGGGGUGAGGGUCACCACUUUGUAAGCAAAUUGUCGAACAGUUUUAGAACAACAUUUCUCAAUUAGUUAUUGCAAGGAAUUUAGGGAUUUUACCAUACACGGUCCUUAAAAUCAUCAAAAGGUUUAGAGAAUCUGGAGAAAUCUCUGCACGUAAGCGAUAUUACAGACCUUUGAUCCCUCAGGCGGUACUGCAUCAAAAACCGACAUCGAUCUCUAAAGGAUAUCACCACAUGGGCUCAGGAACGCUUCAUAAAACCACUGUCAGUAACUACAGUUGGUCGCUACAUCUGUAAGUGCAAGUUAAAACUCUACUAUGUAAAGCAAAACCCAUUUAUCAACAACACCAAGGAACGCCGCUGGCUUGGCUGGGCCCGAGCUCAUCUAAGAUGGACUGAUGCAAAGUGUAAAAGUGUUCUGUGGUCUGGCGAGUACACAUUUCAAAUUAUAUUUGGAAACUGUGGAUGUGGUGUCCUCCGGAACAAAGAGGAAAAUAACCAUUUGGAUUGUUAUAGGCGCAAAAGUUGAAAAGCCAGCAUGUGUGAUGGUAUGGGGGUGUAUUAGUGCCCAAGGCAUGGGUAACUUACACAUCUGUGAAGGCACCAUUAAUGCUGAAAGGUGCAUACAGGUUUUGGAGCAACAUAUGUUGUCAUCCAAGCAACGUUAUCAUGGACGCCCCUGCUUAUUUCAGCAAGACAAUGCCAAACCACGUGUUACAACAGCCUGGUUUCAUAGUAAAAGAGUGCGGGUACUUUCCUGGCCCGCCUGCAGUCCAGACCUGUCUCCCAUCGAAAAUGUGUGGUGCAUUAUGAAGCGUAAAAUACGACAGCGGAGACCCCGGACUGUUGAACGACUAAAGAUCUACAUAAAACAAGAAUGAGAAAGAAUUCCACUUUCAAAGCUUCCACAAUUAGUUUCCUCAAUUCCCAAACGUUUAUUGCGUUAAAAGAUUUUUGUUGUUGAAAGAAAAGGUGAUGUAACACAGUGGUGAACAUGCCCUUUCCCAACUACUUUGGCACAUGUUGCAGCCAUGAAAUUCUAAGUUAAUUAUUAUAUGCAAAAAAAAAAACAAAGUUUAUGAGUUUGAACAUCAAAUAUGUUGUCUUUGUAGUGCAUUCAACUGAAUAUGGGUUGAAAAGGAUUUGCAAAUCAUUGUAUUCCGUUUAUAUUUACAUCUAACAUAAUUUCCCAACUCAUAUGGAAACGGGGUUCGUACAAGCGGGUGUGUUGUGUCUUCACUUUUUCUCUUGGCAUUUCUGUCCUUUGUCACGCUCAUUGGACCUAGCGUGAAGAAUCGUCUCCAGUGCAGAAAAGUGGAAGAUUUGUGUCCUCUGUGGGGCGGAAGGAACAAACAUGAGUGAGCACAAUAACAGACUUUUAAGAUGCUGUGCAACAUCUGAAGAAUAGAGUCACGUUAUAGUAGCAUUUAUGGCGGCUGCCAAACGAUUGUUGAUCAUUCUGUAGUUCACAGGAAGGUUGAUCAGAAACUGAUUAUAUUUUGAAUGUAUUAAUUUAUUUGUUUAUAAAUUAAAAUGUGC